AUGCCCAAGCGAAAGGCUAAAGGGGAUGCUAAAGGGGACAAAGCGAAGGUGAAGGAUGAGCCGCAGAGGAGAUCAGCACGGUUGUCUGCUAAACCUGCCCCUCCCAAACCAGAGCCCAGGCCUAAGAAGGCCCCUGCGAAGAAGGGAGAGAAACUUCCCAAAGGGAGAAAGGGAAAAGCAGAUGCUGGCAAAGAUGGAACCAACCCUGCGAAAAACAAAGAUGCCUCUACAGUCCAGGCACAGAAAGCGGAAGGCGCUGGAGAUGCAAAGUGA